GGAUCGCUGGUCGCCCUUAUUUUCCUAACUAUUACCUAACCGUCUUUUUUUUCUGCGUCGUUCGUUACAUCUGUCAUCUACCAUCUAACAUCUCUAUGAAAUCCGCAUCUUGCUUUCCAGGCAAGAUGGGCAUUUUCAAGCCCACCACCGGUCUUGGCCGACCGAAAACCGCUCAACCUGAUCAGGCUACUAUUCGUGGUAGAAUUAGCGGCCCUAUCCCAAUAGACGAUGAGUUUCCCAUUAGAGGAACUGGGUCAGCGGUGAUUCAUGAAGGUAGCCCAGAGCAACUUGAGCCUCAUAUCGAAGAGCGACCUCCUUCGAGACCUGAACGUACCCCUCCCGAGGUCCCACGGGCGGAAAAGCCCGAUUCUGUAACACCGUCUGGGCCUAGCCAAGCUUCAAACGCCUCUACGAGCCCGCAACAACAAAGGACAAUCCGAUCUAGCACCUUAAGGUAUUCUAUGGUUAGCGAUAGCGGUGGUGCAGAGCUAGAUAGGCUUCAUCGGAAAAAGUCUACGUUAAAAUCUACACUUGGUAGACUAUUCAAGAGGAAGAAGAAGAGUACGAGUGAAGCAUUUAACCCAGAGUCCUUUCCCGGGCCGGCCGGAUUUGCAUUACACGAAGAUGACCAGGUGGCCUCGAAUAUGGCCCCAAAAGAAGAUGAAUCGAAACGGUCCGUCUCAUUACCAGUUACAGAUUUCGACAGAGCGUUGAGGUCGCAUUCUAUCGGACCCGACGACAUGCUAGCAAUUACUAGCGCCCGAAGUUCAAUGCAAAUAGAUCCCGUAUCACUUCGAAGGAGGGCUGCAUCAUCGAACAGGAUCCUGAGUGGACGGAUAAGAGAUUUUGACGGGGAGUUAAUAGGCUUAUCCCCUAGACCUGCUAGCACUCAUGGACGUGGUGAGCACGCAACUACUGAAGAUGACACUGAUGGAAUUGGCCGCGCCAUCACGAGCGACAGCCUUGCACAUCGCCGUAGGUCGAGAAGUUUAUCGCAACUCCAGGAUAUUGCGGUAGGUCACCUCCAAGUUCGGAAGCGGAGUGACGAGAUCCGCUACUGGAGAGAAAGUUUUAAUACGGCCAUUCGAUCACCUAAUGCGUCUACUAUAAAUAACGAGGAUGCCGGCGCGGUAGGAGUGGAAGAGGAGACACCAGUUCGCUCCCCUGAGCAGCAGUUCUCUCCGCCGACACCCUUACAGCCCUUUAACUUUGGCCCAAUGACGGGUAUGAAGAUAACUCAAGCAGCUGGUCUUGAAGACCGAAUAGCUACUCUGGAAAUCCGUAACCAGAAACUAGAGAGACUAAUGUCUCAGUUAUUCCAAGUGGUUCCGGGUGUGAGUAACUAUAUGCCUCCCACCCCAGACCAACCACGGCCUCGGGGUUCUAUAGGAGCAUCUAUUACAUACACACCGAAGCGUCCUAUGACAAUGGAAACGUCAGAAUACAUAAUAUCCUCUGGCGAUGUUGAAGAAUCAUCUAGGCAUACGCGAUCUCAACAUUCGAAUGACUCGUUUGGCGAUGGAAAUACGUUUAUCGGAUCGCUGCCUCCCUCGUCGGCGCCACCGCGACGCCCGCGGCCUACGUCCAACUCUACUGUCCGUGGUGCCACAAGUCUCCCUACUUUACUAGGGGAGAAUGUGGGACCAUUUACUGCAGAUCAUUACGUGACUCUGAAGGCCUUAUUAGAUACCGAGAGAGACGCGCGGCAAGCGUUGGAGGCUAGGGUGACACAGCUUAGCCAUAGGCUAAACCUCAUAGCCCGAACUCCAAACAAACUUGAGACCGGUUCUACUACUUACUCUACCGUAUCUGCAUUCGAUCACGAUGAUGACGACGAACCCCUAACUGCUGGUGUCGAUACCGAAUCAGAACUAUACAAAACGCCGAAUGAGGAGCCUGCUCAUAACUUUGGCGCUUUUGGCGAAGAGCUUCGCGAAGACGAAGAGGACGGCUCAAGGAAAAAGGCUGCUAGAACUCUUUCCCUGAGUCAAUUAACUCUAAAGAGGCCCAUUCGGCCUGGGCAAAACGCCAGUGUGGAUUUAUGACUACACGGACUCUAAUCCCACAUCAGCCUAUUUAUCUACCUAGAUAGAUACCUAGAUAGGUACCUAACCUUACCGAGAGACAUGGUAAACCCUUGGGUGGUUUCCGUAACUUUUUGAUUCGAGCUUGUUGCGCAUUUUCAAGGACGCAAUUUGUUUUUUUUGUUUUUUUAGGCAUAAGCGGGC